CUUCUCCUUUAUAACUACGGUGAGGAAACGUCAGAGAACCUGGACGUGUGGGAAGUAUUUAGCCGUUUUUAAGUCCACUUUGUGCUGCCGUGCCCGAGUCUAGGUCACCUGGUAGAAAAUAAAGUCCCUCAACAACACCCGAGACCCUCCAUUGCUUUGAUAAACACGUCCAGGGGCAUAAAAAUGGUACAUAUUCUUGGAGAUCGUCUGCAGUGUUGAGGAGAAACCACCACUUAACAGCUCAAGGAAAGGAAAAGAAAGCCAGUGUAGCAAUGGCUAAGAGCAUCACCAAGGAGGGGGAUGCCUUGGAUGGUCUGGAGAGCGACAUGGGAGCCCUCCUUACCUCUGAGAAUUACAUCAUUGUUGACAUCGGAGCAAACCUCACCAACAAGAAGUUCACCAGGGACCUAGACUCUGUGGUGGGCAGAGCUCGAGAUGCAGGAGUUCAUAAGAUCAUGGUAACGGGCACGACAGUACAGAGCAGCAAGGAAGCACUCCGCCUGACUCGCCUCUUCCCAGAAACUCUGUACUCAACUGCAGGUGUACACCCUCAUGAAGCAAAGUCUUGGGAUGAGGAAACAGAAGAGGCUCUUAGAGAAAUACUGGCCAACCAUGAAGUGGUGGCUGUGGGCGAGUGUGGACUGGACUUUAACCGAAACUUUUCCCCUCAAGAAACUCAGUUGGAGGUAUUCCAGAAGCAGGUCUCUCUAGCCUGCAGCCUGAAGAAGCCCCUCUUUAUACACGAACGAGAUGCCCACACUGAGGUACUGGAGGUGCUUAGGAAGUACAAGGAUCGCCUUCCUCCUGUUGUGAUCCACUGUUUCACUGGAGAUGCUUCCCAGGCUGCUGCAUACCUCAAGGAAGGCUGCUAUAUUGGUCUUACAGGCUAUGUAUGGAAAGACAAGUCUGAGGAUGGUGUGCGACGAAUUUUGGAAGAUGGCAUAGUUCCUCUGGAUCGACUCCUGGUGGAGACUGACUCCCCUUUUAUGUAUCCCAACACUAGAGCAUCUAAACUUCCUCCUUAUGUCAAAGAAGCUCUCACAGAAAGAUCUUUGACGUUUCUUCACCGUUACUGCACCUUCCAACGAAAUGAACCGUGCUCUCUGCCGGUAACCAUCGAGAUGAUUGCUGCCUACAUGAAGAAAAAGUCUGAUCAGGUAGCUCUUCAAACGACAUUUAAUGCCUUAAAAGUAUUUGGCUUAACCACUUGAAUUUUUUAGGUGGAUGGAAUUACCUAUUCUGAACUUAUGCAUACUUUGUGUACUCAAAAUCUUUGGAUGUUAGUGUCAGUCAGUGUAUAAUUUACUGUCACUCAUUUUAAAGAAUUAAAUUGUUAAGAUUUUAUUUCAGUUAAUGUUGUGUAUUGUUAAUGUCAACACAUCUUCUGUAGUUAUAAUACAGAACUAUGUUUAGGUGUUUGGUUUUCUCCAUUAGAAUCAUGACAGGCUGCAGGUGAGCAGUAUUGUUGAUAUGCUGCUGCUUUAGAGAUUUUAUUCAUGUAUAGCCAACUCAUCAUGGCAAGUCAGUAGCAAAUGUUUAGUGUGUGCUUUUUUUUUUUUUUUUGUACUGGAAUUGUUGAAAAGGCAAACUUUGGCAGACAACUCAAGCUAGCAAAAGAAUAAUAAUAGAUUUUCAUUAAAGUAACAUGUGGUUUUUGAGUGGAAAAAAUCAUACCUGUAUGUGUAUACGGUGCUUCCUAGAAUGUGGUGAUGAGUUGCCAAGUAUUGCAGCAAAUGGCCAGCCAGUCUUGCCCUGUGAGGGAGCAAUAGAACAAUAUGGUGUUAGCCACUAAUGAAACAAUGCAGUUCCCUACACACUAGUUAAUUAAUGUGCUAACAUGUUUCUUGAUGGCAGAUCAUUUAACCAAAUGAUAGUGAGUGUAGUUUGCAGGGAUUGUGGCUCAUGCAGCAAACUUGAAGGCUGAAGCCACAUCCAGGAGUGUUUUUGGCUCCACCCAAAUGUGGUGCUUAUUAUAAAGGCUUUGAAGGUUUGUGUCUGAUAUCUUUUUUGUUUUGUUUUUUUAGUAUUUUUACACUUGAAAUUGUAAUUUCUGAAAAUUAAUAGCUGUUGGUGUUCUAUCCAUCCAGGUUGUACUUUAGCCAUGUUUAAUUCAAGAUUUACUACAAACAUUAACACUGGAGGAAAUGUUUCUUCCAAAGACACUUUCAGUGAAAUAUAUUUGUCAGACCAAUUCUCACCUCACCUCUAAUGUGAGGUUUGCAAAUAAUGUAAAAGAUGAGCUUUCAAGGCACAUGCAUAAUAACUCGACAUCGUAUGCUUCUUAGAUUAAAAAUGUUCCUUUGCGGUUGAAUUGCAGUGAAAUAACUUGAUAUUAUGUCAUUUUUCUCCUACUUGAAAUACACAGAUUAAGUUCUAGUUCUUGAUAUAGAGAAAAAUAGAUGGCAAGAAUGAUUAUUCAUAUAACCCAGCAUGGGACAAGAUAUAACAUUGAGUCAUUCAACUUCUUACUCUGAUAAGAAUACUCAGCUUCACAGAAUUCAAGUCCAUUGAAUGCAAACUUAACUCUGCUGCAUUAUCAUAUCUUGACAUUUGAUGCAGGACAAACAACCUUUUGGAAUGUUUCUAAAAAUAUAUCUAACCUUGGAUGAUAUCAGUCUAUCAAUCAUCAUCAUUAUUCAGACACCAUAUAUCCCUCGUGGGGUGGCUCUGAUAGGUUUCUACAGGGCAGCAGCUGACCACCUCACAAGGGGAAAUCAAGAUGAUUGUGACCACAGCAACCCCAGACAGCAGGAAUUUGUGUUGUGGUUAUAUUAACAACAAUCAAUUGGUGCUCAAUGGCUCAUUGGGCUGAGAUACUUCUAUGUCCUGAACCAAAAUCAGGAACUAUCACAUGAGCUAUCACUUUGCACCAGAGCUGCCUAUAACCAGAUCCAUCAUGAGUACAGUACCAAGGAAAUCUUUAUCACCCACAACAAACAUGGUGUCUUGAUAAUCUUUUCUCAACUCAUUAUGGGGGCUCAUAACUUUCUCAAGAGCCCCUAGCUAUAAUUACUCCACCAUCCUGACAGCUUUUUUUCUGGAUGAUGAUCAAAGGGUAGUCUCUAAAACUAGCUCAUGACUCAUGAAGGAACAAGGUAUAAAAAUGUGGAGAAUUGUGCCAUCUGUGUGCUUCAUAUCCAGCUUGAGCAUAGCAGUAUGCUGUAGGAAAGGGCUGUGUCCCAUGAUGCAGAUUUCUCAGCAAUUAUUCAUUAUUGCAACUUUAGUUCAACAAGACUUGAUGAUGGCAUCCAUUAGUGCAGCUGCCAAAGCUGUCUUCCAUCAUCUCUAAGAAAACACUAAAACUGUGGUGCCCACACUUUUCAUACUGAAAUUCUGUUGUGGAAAUUUGAGUAUGCUCGGAUGGGCCUUCACUUUAUUAGUGGAUUUCUUCAUGCUUGAUACCAACAAAAUUGGAAGGCAUAGUGGAUUCAAGCAGGGAGGUAUUUUCUCCUUCACUGCAAGCAGUGACAACAUUACAAGCAAGCUGUUGUGGUGCAUCGUGGUGUGUGUUCCGUCCUGAGGGACAGGGAGACCCUCAACCUAGAGCCACUUCAAGGCAGUAUUUGAGACAACUAAUUUUUUAUUUAUUUAUUUUUUUAUUGUUAGACUAUUAUAUGUAUUUAUUUGUUAGUUAUUGAUAAGGUUUAUGUUUUCACCACUGAAACAAGUAAAUGGAGAAUUGUUAAAUUCAUAGGAUAUUAAGAGUAACCACACUUGAAACAUUUUGUGAGGCCUCAUGAGCUUUGGAAUUUAUAUAAAAUGUGGAUUUGAGAAGUGGCCUUUGUACACUAGUUUAAUUAUAUAUAUAUACAUGUCAAUGUUAGCUUCACACAUCAAUGAAUGCAACAAAUGUGAUAAUGAUGGUGCUUCGUGUUGGUUUUCACUGCACUGGAUAAAUUGAUAAGUUGAUAUCACAGUGCCUUGAGAAAAUUUUUUAGCAGUAUUACAAUUAAGAGCUUUGUACUGUACAGGUGUUUGUAAAUAAUUUGUAUGGAACUAUUUGAGAAAGUCUCAACUCAAAAUUCAUUAUUAGGUUUCAUUUUUCUGAUAGUUAUGGUAUUUGUGCAUUUGAAGGGUUACUCCUUUUUGAAACCCAACUCUAGUCCUUGUUUACCUAAGAUAUUUUUUACAUCUCUCAACAUCAGAAGACUCUCCAUGUGUGAGUGUCUUCUCAGUGUUGUCCAGCUUUCUCUCAUGUCCUGUCUGUGCUCGCCCAAGGCUCCAAAUGCUCCCAAGGUGAACACUUGGGUAGGUUUAGGGGCAGGUUUUGGGAGGGUCAACUUAACAAUGCACUUAAGCAUCUCUUAACAAUUCCCUUCUACUGAUACAUGACACUUUUUAUAUCAUUUUUAUUUUUAUGCAAUGACCUGCCAUUCCAUGUUUUGUGCACUUGUGUUUGUGUAAAAUGUCGCCAUGUAUGUUUAUUUGGUCUAUUUUAGGGGAGUAGAUGAACCAUAUUUAUGUAUUUAAUGCAUCUACUGAUUCUAUUUAUUUUCCAAUACCUUUUUUCAUUAAUUGUUUGUUUAUGUCCUUGCUUCAGCUCAGUGAUACAAUCAGAUGCUUAAAAAGUGCUAGAUCACCAUUUCAUCAUCAAAUAAAUUUUCCCAAACUUGAUAAAUUGGUGAAAACUGAAUCUUGCUUUAUUUGCGUGAAAACCAUGUAAUGUUCCAGACUAUGCUAAGCCAUUCAAGAUUUAUUGGAAAUUAUACCUGAAUUCCAGAUGUCUGGAUUCCAGUUGUGAAGAGGUUCAUUGCAUUGUACAUGUUUGUGGACCACUUCUGUAAAUAAAAUGUGUAUUUUUA